GGUGUGCUCAUAACUCGAGGAAUGUGCAGAACUUCCUGUCUGGUACCGCAUUCCUGAAAACCAACGAAAAGCAAAAAAAACCUCGGAUCUUAGGACGUUGCUGACCAAAGGAAACCAUAAAGUGAAUGUCUGAGGAUGAUGAACAUUCAACUGAAAACUAACUUCAUCGCGAUGUAAGACUUCAGAUGUUGACCUUCAGCUUUAAGAGUCAAUUUGGUUCAUCCUUCAUCUCUAUGAGAGGUUUUCUGUUCCAGACAAGUUUCAUCCUCAUCCUGCCUUUGACAAUGACAUUCUGGGCUACAACAUUUGUGCUGCUGGUGAUUCUGAUGAGAAACUUCAGAGUCGAUUCCAUCACAUGUCACCUAACUGAAUACAAGAUAGGAGAAGAGUGCUGUCCUAUGUGUUCUGCUGGCUAUAGAGUCAAAACAGACUGCACAGAGUUUAAAAGUACAUCCUGUCAGAAAUGUUCAGAUGGGACGUUUAUGGACCUGCCAAAUGGACUAAAGAGAUGUAAUCCAUGUUCUACCUGUGAUUCAGGAGCUGGGCUGAAGGAAAAGCAACAAUGUGAAAUAACUGCAGACACAGUUUGUGAACCAAUGGAGGGAUUCUACUGUACAGACCUUAAAUCAGGAGGUUGUUCUGUAGCACAGAAACACAGGAGCUGUGAACCAGGACAUUACAUCAGCAGGAUGGGAACAGCCUCCACAGACACAGAAUGCUCUGAAUGCAGCAGUGGAUCAUUUUCUGAUGGAACAAUGUUGUCAUGUCAGCCUCACACACAAUGUGAAAACGAAAACCUUCAUCUGAUAAAAGCAGGAACAGCUUCAACUGAUGCUGAAUGUGGAGGAAAAAGUUCCAACAUCACAGGAAUUGUGAUCAGUGUUUUGUUUUUGGUGGUUUUUUUAUUAGUUGCAGCAACAAUUGUUGUUGUUGUUCUCUGGAAAACUGAAAAAAUUAAAAUACCAAACAUUUGUAUAAAACGACAAAAACCCCAAAGGGACCAAGCAGAUGGAGAAGAACAGGAAGUUUGUUUAAAUGCACGAGGUAAGAAGAACAUUGUUCUUUACUUAAUAAUAAUAGCAUUAUUAUUAUUAUUAUUAUUAUUAAUAACAAUAAUAAUAAUAAUAAUAAUAAUAUAGGAUAGAUAGUUUUUUUCUGGUCAUUGUUCUGAAAGUUUGAUUAUUUUCUCUAAGGAAUGAAAUAAACGUCUUUAUAGUCUA